CGAUGCCCCAAGUCCCCGCUGUCCGCGCCUGGCCGCUUCUGCUCUCGCUGGCCGUUCAGCUCGGCUCAGCCGCUGGCGCUCCCCAGCCCUGGCGCUGCGCGCCCUGCUCCGCCGAGAGGCUGGCGCUCUGCCCUCCCGUGCCCGCCUCGUGCCCGGAGCUCACCCGGCCCGCCGGCUGCGGCUGUUGCCCCACGUGCGCCCUGCCACUGGACGCCGCAUGCGGCGUGGCCACUGCGCGCUGCGCCCAUGGGCUCAGCUGCCGCGCCCUGCCCGGGGAGCCUCGGCCCCUGUACGCCCUCACCCGCGGCCAGGGCGCCUGCAUGCCCGCGCCCAGCGCCGAGGCCACAGAGGGAAAGGACCCUGCCACCCUAGAGAACAUGUCCCCUGAGAGCUCAGAGAUGACCCAGGAGCAGCUUCUGGACAAUUUCCACCUGAUGGCUGAGUCCAGUGAGGACCUGCCCAUCCUCUGGAACGCCAUCAAUAAUUAUGAGAGCAUGAGGGCUCUGGAGAUCACCGACAUCAAAAAGCAGAAGGAGCCCUGCCAGCGAGAACUCUACAAAGUGCUGGACAGAUUAGCCAGGGAGCAGCAGAAGGCAGGAGAAAAACUUUACAAAUUUUAUCUGCCAAACUGCAACAAGAAUGGAUUCUAUCACAGCAAACAGUGCGAGACAUCCCUGGAAGGAGAGCCUGGGCUCUGCUGGUGUGUCUACCCUUGGAGCGGAAAGAAGGUCCUGGGGUCCGUGGCAACCAGAGGGAACCCCAAAUGCCAUCAGUAUUUUAACUUACGGAACUGAAAACAGAUGCAAUGUGAUCUAUUCCUUCACAUGAA